UUAGACCGAGUUAGAGUUUUAUAUCAUUUCAUGACAUCACGUUAAUAAAAUCAUGAAUAUCGAAGGUUUAUUCUGAAGGGCGUGUGAGAUCUGCUGCGAUCGAGUUUCCUCCAAAGUCAGAAGUCGGAGCUGAAAAUGACGUCGCACACAAAAAUCGGAGAAACACGAUGGCUACAUCUGCUUAAGUUAUUUUAGCGCUUUAGCAUUAGCUCAGCUUUGUCUGAAUAUAAGGCUAGUGCUGAAAUAACUUUCGUAGAUGUUAGCCUUCGUGUUUCUCCGAUUUUUGCUUUUUUCCGACUCUGUAACUGAAACGCUCGGGUGUGACGUCAUUUUCAGCUCCGACAUCUGACCUCCGAGGAAACUCGAACACAUUAGUACCACGCUUGUCCACCGGGGGGCGCUGUUACUAUGACAAAACUGUAUGUGGAUGAGUUUAGACGUGGAGAAAAUCUGAAACGGGUUGGAUUGUGAAUUUGAAAGUUUGUUCCAUUUAUGAUCCAAAGGUGGCGCUAAAACUGUCGUGAAGAAAAAGGCAUGUGAUAGUGUGAAGGGGUAGACAUCUAUGUAACAUCUAUGUAACAUCUAUGAAGCAGUGACUUUAACUUCCUGUUUCCUGUCUGUAGGUCAGACCCUGAUCGCCGGCGAGUCUCCUCCCCCUCCUUCAUCCAACCAGCAGGAGGUGCAGCUGAAGUUCCUCCUGACCGGUCUGCUCUCCGGUCUGCCGCUGCCGCCGUUCGCCAUCCGCAUGUGUCCUCCUCUGACCACCAAGAACAUCAACCACUACCAACCGCUGCUGGCCGUGGGUACGUAACCACGACGCAACCACGACGUAACCACGACGUAACCACGACGUGACCACGACGUAACCACGACGUAACCACGACGUGACACGACUGUGUGUUGUUUGUGUUUGUGUGUGUUUGUGUGUCUUUGUCAGCAUGUCCACGACUUCCUGCCUCUGCAGCCUCCUCACGCUCUCUCCUCCCUCCUGGGGUUUAGUUGUCAGCUGCAGAACAACUGGACCGCUCUCCUCAGGUCCCUCCUCCAGGCCCUGAUCUGGUCCCUGACCCGGGCCCUGAUCUGGUCCCUGACCCGGGCCCUGAUCUGGUCCCUGACCCGGCCCCCAUGUUUUAAUCAGAGCUCACAGAUAAACGUCCUCCCCGACACUCACAGACCCACAACUGGAUCAAUAAAACCACCUUCAGCUGCACGUCUCUACAGACUGAUCCCUGAACGUCACUGCAGCUCAAUAAUCAACGACUGGGGGGGGGGGGACGACAGUUUAACAGACCUGGGGGGGUAGACUCAGGUGAGUCGUCAGGUUGUCAGUCAGAGAAAUAAGGUUCGACCACAUUUCUCUGACACGUCUCCAGAGCUCUCAGAACCGACCCAGAAGCAGCUCUUCCUGCUCGGCUGUGAGGAGACCUGACGGCUCGGUUAGAGACCGGAGCCUCCCACUCAGUGACACGAACACAAACCACGUCUGUGCCUGAUCAGCUGAUUCUGACACGCCCGCUUUAUUCCAGCGUCAUGUGUCUCUGCUCGGCCGACAGCUCGGUUUGUGUCGGUGAAAUAAAACCACAAAAAGAGCCGAAGAACGACAAGAGGAGAACCAUCACGCUGUCAGCUGGAGGGAGAGAGAGGGAGAGAGAGAGAGAGAGAGAGAGAGAGAGAGAGAGAGAGAGAGAGAGAGAGAGAGAGAGAGAGAGAGAGAGAGAGAGAGAGAGAGAGAGAGAGAGAGAGAGAGAGAGAGAGAGAGAGAGAGAGAGAGAGAGAGAGAGAGAGAGAGAGAGAGAGAGAGAGAGAGAGAGAGAGAGAGAGAGAGAGAGAGAGAGAGAGAGAGAGGGAGAGAGAGAGAGAGAGGAGAGAGAGAGAGGGAGAGGGAGAGAGAGAGAGAGAGAGAGAGAGAGAGAGAGAGAGAGAGAGAGAGAGAGAGAGAGAGAGAGAGAGAGAGAGAGAGAGAGAGAGAGAGAGAGAGAGAGAGAGAGAGAGAGAGAGAGAGAGAGAGAGAGAGAGAGAGAGAGAGAGAGAGAGAGAGAGAGAGAGAGAGAAAGAGGGAGAGAGAGCGAGAGAGAGAGGGAGAGAGGGAGAGAGAGAGAGAGAGGAGAGAGAGAGAGAGGGAGAGAGAGAGAGAGAGGGAGAGAGAGAGAGAGAGAGAGAGAGGAGAGAGCGAGAGAGAGGAGAGAGAGAGGAGGGAUAGAGAGAGAGAGAGAGAGAGAUGAUGAUGAUGAUCAGGAGGAGGGAUUCUCGUUGAGUCCUCUGUCAGCAGAGAUCAUUCAGACCUCCAAACUGUCUAUUAAAGGUGUUGUAGUUCAGGAUCUGAGUUAGUUCCAGUUUUUAGGAGAAAUCUUGAAUGUAAACUCUUCCCCUCCCAACCAGUUUUACCCUCAGCUCCUCCUCUCCCCUCAAGCCCCGCCCACAAACAGACGCUCCUGCUCGCUCGUAUCGUUCCAAUUAAAUUCAGAUAUUUUUAAGCGCCCGUUAUUCCUCCAGAGUCUCC